AUUGUAACUCAUUCCACAACGCACAACAACUUCAUUCAGCCUGCCUCAUCUCUUCUCUAUCAACUUCUCUUCAGUCUCGUCUUUGCGUGGCUUCACUUUUCUCUUUGAUAACCUUGUUAUAAGCAUAUCUGGUCUUAUUCUUGGUACCACAGUCCUCCAUUCGCCAAACUUAACCUCACCCUUUUACCAAGAUUAUCUCUUCCGCCAAAUAUAUUGGCCGCGGAGACAAUCAUGUCUUUCACAAGAGAACCAAUACCUCUUGAGCCCGCAAGCUUGUAUAUCACGCUCACCGAUAUCGGUGGCAAAACCGAGUUUCACUGGGCAUUGUAUCUUUCGAGAAAUCCUGGGAAGGAAAAUAGGCAGAGGAAAUAUGUAUCAUGCUACAAAUGAGUCUGCGACGAAAGAAUUUGUCUACCAAGAGAGAGUUGAUUCCAACAUCAGCGCGUCAGUAAAUUUUCUGACGGCAGUGAAGAUUGCUGUCAUCCACCAAGAUCUCUGGGAUAGCUUGGGAAAUUUAUUGAGUCCGCCGGACAAGCAUCCAGAUGGACAGAUACGUAUUGGUCGUACGACAACUUGUCGUACCUGGGUUUUGGAAGCAGUCACACUACUUGAUGAUCUUGGAUACAUCAAGUUGAAGAAUGAAAAGCUCAAAGACCUUGAGAAUGAGUGCCGCGGGGUUGCCGAGAGUGACUGGAGAGAGAAGAACAGAACAGUUGAAAAAAGUUUCUUUAGUAUCGCUUAAUCAUAAAUGUUUGUAGGGAAUUCUGGGUUGCUGGAUGGAGAAGCAAUGCAAAGAGCGAUGGUGGUGCGUUUGGAUCAUGAAAUUUCGAAGUGAGUUAGCACAUUGAUAUUGGUACGAAUCUUGGAAUGGGUUUGGACAUCAAAUAUGAUUGAGAAUGUUUAGAACAUUAGUAGUAUUUAAAGCUGACGAUUUCCAACAUCGACGAGACGUGGUGCUGAGAUAGAUGUGUACUUCUCAAUUACUUUGAAAGCGUUAGGCUC